GAUUUAUUGAGGUUUAUGCAUGAGAUUUCCAAGGGUAUGGAAUAUCUGCAUGGUCAGGGAGUUCUACAUGGAGAUCUAAAGGCUUCUAAUGUUCUUGUCGAUGUCAAGAUUCAUUGUGUUAUUUCAGAUUUCGGGCAAAGUGAAAUGAGAUCAGAGGCAUAUAGAAUUAGUGGAACUGCUCUUCCUGUAAACGAGAACGAUAUUCGCUCCUUGUUGUCCUAG